CGCUCCCUCUCUCCCUGUUCGGCGCCGGCGACGACCAGGAGGAGGAAGGAUCGGCGGGGCCGCCGCCGACGGCCACCGCGCCACAGCGCGCCGUGUCCUGCACCACCGACGGAUCGAGGCCAGCGGAUCUGAAGGACCUCAUCGCUGGCCUCUACGGAUCUCAGCCUUCCCCCACCGCCGGCGGCGCUGCGGAUGCGGGUCCGCAAGAGGAGGCGGAGGACGGCGAAGGGAUCGGAGACGAUGAUUGGGAAUUCACGGCGGCGACGGCGGAACCUGACGAUCAGGAUCGAGGCGGACGAGCGCCUGGGGAUGGGAUGGGAAAGAUUGAGGUGAGCGUGGCAUUCUGUGUUGCAUUUCUCCCUCCGUAACUUAUUUAGUAGCUUUCUUUGCCAAAUUGCCAUGAGAUGUUUGGAGUCAUUAGUUGGAAUGACUGUAUAAUGACAUCGGCACUAUCUGAAAGGAACAUUUGGAUUUCCCCAGCAUGAUAUAUGAUUAUUUCAAGCAUGAUGUGUAUAUAUGGUGAUGAAAUGUGAUACUUAACAUAAUGCAAACUUGAAUAAGUGUGGUGUAAAAUGAAGGGUGGGCUACUGGGAUGAUAUGAACGACGCGGUUUUUGGGGUAACAGAUGGAAGGAUUAUUGAUUCCUUACAUGCUUGUAAAUUUCAAGCUAGGCUGCCAAACCUGGCCUGCUUUAGAAAAUCACCGACCAAACUCAUUGGUUUCACAACACUAGGACCUCUGGACUCUGGUUAUCAAAAAAGUAAACCAUUAUUGUCAUAUUCAGCCAUACUCAACCUGUACAAAGAGAGUGUCCGGGCAGAUGUUAUUCACAUUGAGGAAAGCUCUGCAGAAAGUAUGCAGAAUUCGUAUGAUUUGUUUUCUAACAAUGAAAUGAACUCUUCAUUUGAAACAGAUGAAAACCGUUCCAGUAGUUCAACAGGUGAUUGCAUUUUGAUUGACUUCUACCAUAGGUUGAAAGAAGAGUCCUUGGCACUAGUAUUCCGGCAUGUGAAGGAUCUUAAGGCAGCACAGAAGGUUUUUACACUCUCUGGUGAAAACAGGAAAGCAACAGCAAUCGGAAGGGAGAUUCAGGAAAUAUAUGACAAACUAAAAGAUUCUUCACUGCCCAAUGGCUUUUGGACAGAGGAACACCCUAGGGAUGUAUGUAUAACAGAACUGCUUAACUGUAUCAAAGAGGAACAACUGAAGGAUUUUGAACAAGAGUAUUGUUUAGCAGAAAAGAUUUCACGGGCAAUUGAAGAUACAAGUGUGGCAGUUGAACUUUACAAGCACAGUGUUUCCACCCUUCAUACAUUGGAGCUAGCUUCCAGAAAGGAACAAGGUGACUAUGUUGGUGCAUGGUACAGUAUGCUUCUGCCCUGUGCCCAAGAAUUGCAGUAUGGUGCAGCGAUUUGGCAAGAAUCUUGUCAUACAAAUGUCUGCAACCGAGUGAUUUCUGAAGGUGGUCAUUACUUUAUUGCUCUUGGGGAGAUCUAUAGAGUUGCACAGAUUUUAUGUUUCUCCAUGCAGUGUUUCAAGCCUUGGGUUCUUGCAGAUCCUGGAAUGUUGAGUAAAAUGCUGGUUUGUUUGGACAGAUGUAUUAAUGCUUGGACAAGUGGUUUAGAAAUGGCUCUUAAAAGGGUUGUUGACAGCAAUCACGUAGAUGCAUCUGUGGCUAAAGCUCUUUUGGAGUCCAUAAACAAUAUUAAUGAACUUGAGGUGCCCAGCCUACAAAAUUUUCUUCCCACCAACAAGACAACAUGUAGACUAAGCCUCCUGCCACCCAGUUCUGUACCAGGAAUGAAGUUGAUCAUGUGGAAUGGCAAUCACUAUAUUGUUAAAGUUGCAAAUUUGUGGGCAAAUUGGAUAUCUUCUUAUCCUCCGCAGAUGUCACGCACUCCUGUCAUCGAGGAACAACGCAGCAACACUUGGCAAUCAUACUGAAUAACCCAUCAAACUAGUGACCUAUUCUGAUGGAAGCAUCGGUAGCUUUUUGAGUAAAAAUUGUUCAUUAAGUUGCCCUGGGCACAAUAUAGAGUAAGCGCCCUGCCACCACAGGGCUGGAGGACUGGUCCACUGGAACUACUGUUUUUUUUUUAUUUAUUUUUUAUACAAAUUGUAGCUUCUUUAUACCAUUCCUUCCAUAGUGCCUGAUAAUGGCACUAGCAUAGCAAGCUAAAAGGAUAUGUAUAGUUUCGAAUAUUGUUGUGUGAACAUUGUAAAGGCUGGAGUGAAGCUAUCAACACUUGUAAAUGAUCAAGAAGCAAAUGAAUUUGUAUAUUACAAGCUAUGAGAAGUUGAAUACAAAGAGAAAGCUGUGUCAA